AUGCUCACCACUAGCAACUCUGCCAGUGAGAACUCUGGUGCUAGCAACUACGGUCUACGUGUCGACGAAGCUGCUCGCAAUGGUAUCAACACCGACGACGAGACUGGUGUCCACACCCAGACUGAUAACUACUAUCCACCAGUUGAUGGCCCAUGGCCACAACAGGGUUAUAGUGGUCCAGAUUUCCCUGGUACCACUGAUAGAAAUACUCAGCACCCUAUUGGUCCUACGACUUACGAGGAUAACUACCGUCGUCAUCAUCGCCCUCCCCUACAACGCCAAACUCGUGAGGCUAGUCCGACAGGGGUCACAGUGUUCCUUAGGGACCAACGUGGCCAACCGCCGGUAGUUAGCGAACCACGACAAGCACCACUACCCUCCUAUCAUGUUCCUUCCGGAGACUACAGUGGCCAACAAGUGCCCCCUCCGGCUACUCAUCCACCGCUCUACGGCGGUGCUCCAUACACCCAACUAGACUAUCGUGGCCAACCUGGCAACUACAACUACGUACCCCCACUUCAACAACCUGUGCACUUGGGAACUCCCUAUGCUCAAUACACUAACCUACCCUACUACCCCGGUAACUAUUCUAAACACGGACCACAACCACCACCUCAAGCCCCUCCCAGUAUGUUUUACGUUCCUCGCAAAAGAGGCACGUACCACUAUGGUUGGUGCGAGGGUUGCAACGACUAUAACUGUUCUAGCCAGAUCACUAUCAAGGACUAUGACUCUGCUGCCUAG